GAGAGGAAGUCCAUAGAAGUUUGUUUUACAGGAGUCAGCCUGGGCCGGGACGAGGGGCAGUGCUGCAUCUGGAGUGGUGGAAAAGUGGAGCCAAAGGGUGAAACAGAGCAAGAGGAGCUGGCCAGAGGACACUGACAGAGAGGGGAGAUCGCCGGGCAAACACCAACAUGGCUGCUGCAAUUCUGCCUUGCCUCAGCCUUCUCUGCAUCCUUUCAGGAUCUGUAUACCCAACUUCUGCCGCCAGGCUCGGAGAGCAGCAGCAGACUCUGCUAAAAUUCCAGCUGUGUAGGAAGGGAUUUUUCCUCAGUGAGCAGAACCAGUGCCUGCCAUGUAACUGCAGGGGCCAUGCUGACCACUGUGAGGACAUCACCGGUGUUUGCAUCAACUGCAGGGACCAGAGUACAGGAGAUUUCUGUGAAAUGUGUGAGGAUGGGUUCAUUUUGAUCCCCAGUCUGGAUGGACGCCACGCAUGCCUGCCCUGUGCCUGCCCCCUCCCCACCCCCACUAAUAACUUUGCCGUGCGCUGUAACAGAGGAGGAGCUGCUCUACGCUGCAAGUGCAAGGAAGGCUACGCUGGACAUCACUGUGAGAGGUGUGCUCCAGGUUACUAUGGCAACCCAAUGGCACUUGGUGACUCCUGUAAGAAGUGCGAUUGUAAUGGCAACACUGACCCCAACCUGAUCUUCAACGAGUGCCACAAUGUGACGGGUCACUGCCAGCACUGCUGGGGAAACACGGCCGGUGCCAGCUGUGAGAGGUGUGCCCCCGGUUUCUAUGGCGAUGCCAUCAGCGCCAAGAACUGCAGAGAGUGUGAGUGCAACAAAUGUGGGACGUCGUCAUGUGACGACAGGACAGGAGUGUGUCACUGCAAGCCGGGAGUGACCGGACGGCAGUGUGACCUGUGUGAGGACGGCUACUCAGGCUUCUCCAGCUGUCAGGGGUGUCGGAGAUGUGAAUGUGGGCCAGCUUCCAUCCGCUCCACCUGCCAUCCUCUCACCCACAGCUGUCCAUGCCGCCCAGGGGCCGGAGGUCGUUACUGCGAGCGCUGCCUCCCAGGAUACUGGGAUUACAGCCCUGCUGGCUGCCAGAAGUGUGACUGUGAGAGUGGUUUCUGUGACACGCAUACAGGAGAGUGUCUGGCAGAGGCUUCAACAGUCAACCUGUGCAACAUCAGUUGUGAUGAGUGUAUAUGGCAUCUGAUUGGUGACCUGAAGCAGUCCAAUAAGACGCUGGACCAGCUGAAGGUUGGAGUGUUGAACAUCUCUACUGGUGCUGCUGCCAAUGACCGACUCAAAUACUAUAACUACACUGCACAUCGACUCCAGACGCAGUUUCAGAACUGGACGAACAAGUCAUCCGUGAUGAAGGCCCAGACCGAUGAGCUGGAGGGGGCCACGGACACCGUGGUGUCGGACAUCAAAGAGCUGGGAGAAUCGGAGAUCUUUUUGACAAGUCUGGGCAACAAGUUGGACAACGACACAUUGGAGACCUUCACCUUGGCUGAACAGCUGAGCACAAAUCUGACCGAUCUCAACCGACGCAUCGAAGAGAUGAUCCAUGACUGGGAGGUAUACAGUGUUCAACAGGAGGUGGAUCCAGAAGUGGUCAGAAUGAACACUGCAGCAGCCCAGGAAAUGGUCACCUGGAUGAGGCAGCUGGACCUGUCACCACAGGGGCCUGUCGCCACUGAGGAGUCAGCUGAUGCCCAUGACUUGCUGAGGCGUGUCCGUCAGUUGGAGAAGAAGCUGGUGAUCACAGAGGGCCGCCUUCCUUCUGUCAGAGAGGUCUUAGCUCGCUUUUCCAGCAGGCUGUCAGAGGCUUGGGACUUCCUCCUGAAAGCAAACAUCACUGUGCUGGAGACGGAGGACAAGAACAGACUAAGCCUCUUCAAAUUCCAGAGGAAGGAGGCAAAGCAGCAGAGACUGAUGGAAGACCACUCAGCUGUCAACAACACCCUGGAAACCGGGCAAGUUUUCAAUUCUGAGGCUGAGAGGAACGUGGCUGAGGUGGAUAAUAUGGUGAAGAAUGUGACAGGGUACCAUGCUGCAAUUGAUGGCGCCAGUCAAAAGCUGAUGGAGAAGAUGGAACGCCUCUCAUUGGCUGACAGAGAUCUGGUUCAGAGGGCCGAUGAGCACGCUGAGGAGCUGGACAGACAGGCCACCAAGCUGGAGGAGGACCUGAAAGAAAGCGACGCCAACGGCUUUGUUCAGAGAGCCAUCAGUGCCGCCAAUGUUUACAACAACAUCAUUAAAUAUAUCCAUGAUGCCAACAUCACCUCACUCACCACUUUCAACUCAUCCCAAAGAGCUGAAGAUGCCAUCGCUGGGAUCAAUACGCAGCUCGGAUACCUGGUAACACAGAGUAGCAACGUUUUCAAGGAGUCUGUUUCUCUACAUUCAGCACAAACUGAGGCAGAAAGGGAGGUGGCUGACCAUCUAAAAUACAUAGAUGAAACCCAAGAAACCAUGGUUAAAAAUACCAGAAAACUUCAAGAUAUAGUGCAGGACAUCAAGGAUCUUCAGACAGAUAGAACACCACAGCGUCUGGAUUUUACCCUGCAAGUGGCCAAAGGGACUCUAAAUCGCUCAGAGGAAGUCUCUCAGACCAUCACCCCCAUCAGCAGUAAGGUGGAGGCGUGGGCCAGCAACAUGAGGAACAAUGAAUACUCUGCAGCUGCAUACGAACAGGCUGUGGCCUCUGCGGGGGAAGCAGUGGAGAAAUUGAAUGUGCUUGUUCCGGAGCUGCUGGACAAGCUAAAGGUGGUGGAGAACAAGAAGCCCGUCAACAACGUGACCACCAACAUCAUGAGGAUCAGAGAGCUCAUCGCCCAAGCCAGGAGUGUGGCCAAGAAAGUCCAGGUGUCGAUGAAAUUCAACGGCCAGUCCUCGGUGGAGGUUCAUCCUCACAGUAACCUGGAGGAGCUGAAGACAGUAACAUCCAUCAGCCUGUUCAUGAGGGUAGACCCAGACAAGGACCCCAUCGAGGAUCGAUUUGUCUUAUAUCUGGGAGACAGAAAUGGUGGGAAAGACUACAUGGGUCUGGCCAUCAAGAACGACAACUUGGUGUUUGUGUACAACCUCGGAGGUGAAGAUGUUGAGAUCCCACUGAGCUCUAAGCCUGUCAGCCAGUGGCCUGCAGUCUUUAACUACAUCAAAGUAGAGAGGCUGGGCAGACAUGGAAAAGUCUUCCUGACUAUUCCCAGCCAGAGUUCCACAGAUGAGCAGAAGUUCAUCCAAAAAGGCGAAGCUCUGGGAACAGACUCGCUGUUCGACAUCGACCCCAAGGAUAUCGUGUUCUUUGUUGGUGGCGUCCCGCCAGGUAUCAAGCUGCCACCUCCUCUGAGCCUCGCUCCGUUUGUGGGCUGCAUUGAGUUGGCUUCGCUAAACAACGACAUCAUCAGUCUGUACAACUUCAAAGAGACCCACAGAAUAAACAUGGCUGCAUCACCGCCAUGCCCCAGGUACAAGCUGGCGUUUUCCCAGAGCCGCAUUUUGAGCUACCUGUUUGAUGGAACAGGCUACGCUCUCAUUAACAACAUUGAGAGGAGAGGAAAGUUUGGAGUCGUCACCAGAUUUGAUAUCGCCGUGCGAACAGUUGCAAACAACGGCGUCCUCUUCCUCAUGGUCAACGGGGACAAAUUCUUCCUCUUAGAGAUGAAAAACGGCUUCCUGCGCCUCAUGUAUGACUUCGGCUUCAGCAACGGACCUAAACUUUUCGAGAGUAACUUACCGAAGCUUAAAAUAAAUGAUGCGAGAUAUCAUGAGAUAUCGGUGAUUUACCAUCACUCAAAGAAGGUCAUCCUGCUGGUGGAAAAGAGCCAUGUCAAAUCUAUAGAGAAUCCCAAAACAACCCUGCCCUUCUCUGAUAUUUACAUCGGUGGAGCUCCUUCCAGCAUCCUCAAAUCCAGGUCGGAGCUGUCCUCUGUGGUUGGCCUGAAGGGCUGCUUAAGAGGAUUCCAGUUUCAGAAAAAAGACUUCAACCUGCUGGAAGAGCCCGGCACUAUCGGCAUCAGCAGCGGCUGCCCCGAGGAGUCUUUUAUGUCCCAUAAAGCAUAUUUCUCCGGAGAGAGCUACCUGGGAUCCACAGCAAAGAUUUCACCAUUUGACGUCUUCGAGGGAGGAAUGAACUUCAGAACCAUCCAGUCCAGCGGACUCCUGUUCUACCUCAGUGAAGGGUCUGAUGAGCUCAGCAUCUCCCUGGAGAACGGAGCGGUGGUGUUAAACAACAGAGGCACGAAGGUCAAGUCACACAGGAAACAGUACAACGACGGGAGAACACACUUCUUAGUAGCUUCAAUCAACAAGCAGAAGUAUUCACUGCUGGUGGACGACAAAGACAAGCAAGAGAAGAAGCGUCCAUCAUCAGCCACAUGGUCCACAUCAGACUCUACAGUGAAGACCUUCUACUAUGGAGGGUCUCCCAGCAGUAGCUUUAAGAACUUCACAGGCUGCAUCAGCUACGCCUACAUCAACAGACAAGACCGAGACAUCGAGCCAGAGGACUUCCGGAAAUACUCAGAGAGGGUCCAGACUUCUCUGCAGGACUGUCCAGUUCAGCGCCCCCCUGCUGCCCUGCUGUCAGCCCACAGAGACAGAACCUUCCGAGACAAAGACAGCCAGAAUCAGAAGGUUACCUGGGAUAAGUCUGGCCUCCUUCCAGACCUGAUGGAGCUGAGAAGUGAUGAGCAGAAGCCAUCAGAUCCAAACAGUCAGCCCUGCUACCUCUCUUCAAGUCCCAGAGCAGCUCACCAAGCCUUCCACUAUGGCGGGGCUGCCAACAGCAGGCAGCACUACACAGACGUCCCUGACUCUCUUUCUGAGAGGUGCCACUUCUCCUUCUCCCUGAAGACCCAGUCAUCCUUCGGCCUCAUCUUUUAUGUAUCUGAUGUCCAAGAGGACAACUUCAUGGCUCUGUUCCUGGCCCAUGGCAAACUUGUGUACACUUUCAAUGUAGCAGACCAAAAAGUUAAAAUCAAAAGUGACAAGAGGUACAACGACGGUGCGUGGCAUGACGUUGUUUUUAUCCGUGAUGGGAGCAUUGGGAAGUUAAUAAUUGAUGGGCUCACAGCGCUGGAAGACAGCGCUGUAGGAAGCAACACGCCCUGGCCCGUCAGCCAGCCCAUCUUCAUCGGAGGAGUUCCUCCUGGGAGAGCACACAGAAAUAUCCAGAGAAACUCCGCCUUCAGCUUUUCUGGCUGUUUGAAGAACCUUCAGCUGGAUGGACAGCGGCUGUCCUCCGUGGCAGAGACAUUCGGGGUCACUCCGUGCUUCGAAGGGCUUCCUGAGACAGGAACGUACUUCUCAGAGGAAGGAGGAUAUGUCAUACUAGAUGAGUCAUUUAAGUUAGGACUAAAGUUUGAGCUGGUGAUGGAGGUGCGCCCCCGUGUGGCAUCUGGGGUGUUACUACACAUGCGCACAUCAGAGAGCUUCUUAACCAUGUACAUCCAUCAAGGAGGGGUUGUUGUUUUUGUGAAUGAUCAGACCAACAAGUUCUCUGUGAAGGUUUCACCAAGACAGGGUGUGUGUGAUGGUACCUGGCACAAAAUUUCAGUGAUCCGGGACGCCAACGUUGUUCAGCUGAACGUGGACUCUGAGAUCCAGCAUGUUGUGGGACCCGUGAACCCCAGUUCCACAGACACAGGGAACCUGGUAUUCAUCGGUGGAGCUCCAGAUCUCUUCCUCCCAGACAGCAUUCCCAUCAGGAAGCCCUACGUGGGCUGUGUGAAGAACCUGACCAUUAACAACAGCCCAGCAAGCUUCAGCAAGGCAGCUCUGGUCAGUGGAGCGGUCAGUGUUGGAUCCUGUCCAGCAGCAUGACACUUGUGUCUAGAUUAGCCCCAGUACAGCACUGACCAAACCCUUCUUCUUGUUAAACAUACCCACUAAGAGAUCUUUGUUCUUUUUGUUCUGUCAGAUGCAUUUCUAUAAUUUGUUAGUUCUUGAUCUUAUUUUGCACCAAGAACAUAAACUAAAAUGUCCCAAAUUUGACAGCUUUUCCAAAUUGAAUCAUAGUGCAAACAGAUCUGAACUGAACCAUCCUGUGGAGCUUAGUCUAUCCAAGUUGUGGACUAGACCAGAAACAUCAACAGUAUCUUCAUUUAUAUAAUCAUGAAGGCACAUUUUUGUACAAGCUUAUUUUUGAAUACCUUACUUUUUUGUACUGUUUUAUUUCUGCUAAUAAAUAGUAUUCC